AUUGUGUUUUUGAGAGAGCGACAGGGAGAGAGAUAGGGAUUGACGAAUUGUGUUUUUCUAGAUGUUCAGGAUUGAUAUUAGCAUAUCUUCUCAGUGAAGAAGAAGUUGUGUCCAAAUUUUCAGUUGGGGUUUCGUUGAUUGGUGGUGGUGUUUAUCGAUUGGAGUGGUAAUUUGUGAUUGGAGAGGGGCUUUGUUGAUUGAAGAGGAUUUUAGGGGUUGGGGUCUUUGGUUUCACAGUUUCAAGUUGGGGUUUUUGGUUCUUGUGGAGGAGUUGUUUGAAGAUCGAUUUGGGUUUUGUGUAAGUGGAUUUCUUUGUUUCUUUAUAGGUUUUUGUUUGUCUUCUUUGUUUCUACAGCAUUCUCUGAGAAGUAUUUUCAAUUUACAAGGUCUUAUGCUCAUCUUUGAUGUUUUAAUUAGUGGUUUGAUGAAUGGUACUUUGAGGUUUCAUUCUUUGAAAUCUUAAUUUCUCAUCCUUCAAAUUCUAAUUUUUGUCCCUGUUCGAUUAUUGUGUGUAAUUGAAGCUGCUUUAGUGAAGGGUUUUGUCAAUUGUGGUUUGUUUGCAAGUGUGUAGUUUAGACAACUAGCUCUUACUUCUCAGUGGUGCAAGAAUUUGUUCAGGGGUUUGUGCUGCUGAGGAUUUGUUCUUCAAUUCUUCUCUUUUGCUCUGUGAAGAUUCUAUCAGUGUACCACAAGCUAUCAGCCAUGCCUUACACCAGGGAGAUAAGUUUCAAUGCCCCUUCAAGGUUUUUGAUGAAUGUGGUGGUGGUGUUAGGGGGAGGGGGUAUGCCAAGAGUUCAAUUUACAGGCACUUAGCAGACGGGCACUUCCCCACUAUUGAAGCCGAGGAUAUCUGUAGAGCACGAAUACAGAAUGAUGCAAAUUGUUUUGAUGCGUGGGAGAGUAUUUUAGCAGGUAUGCAGAUGUGGCUUUGCAUCAAAUGUCUGCAGGUCCAUGCUUGGAAAAAGUCAUGCACAUCCAAAUCACAUGUUGCUGAUAUUUUUGCAGGCCGCUUAAUGAUAACAAUGGUUCUUAUUUUCUUAUAUAUGGCACACAGAAACCACAAUCUUCAGAAGCAUGUAACCCUGCACCUCAGAAUUCUACUGAGCUUGUUGAUGCAAGCCUCACAGUGGAGAUGCUCCACCUGAUUUUUCAGAAACAAGUUACCACAAUUGCGAGCAUCCCCCAUCACCACAGAUUUUAUUUUUCUCGUGCCUUAAAAACUGAUUUGGAUAAGGUACUUGCAAAACCUUCAGAUCUGUAUGUUUGGUUGCAUCUCCCGUUUCUUCCAAUUGGUACCUUAAAUCGUUAUGUGCCAAAAUGUUCCACCGAGGAACGAUCUGGUAACAGGAAAAAACUCCAAGUUGCUGCAAUCAAUCAGGCUUUACAAAGAUGGAGUGAACCAAAUGGGUGUGUGCACAUGAUUCAAAAGAUGUUUUCUCAACCACAACAAACAUACAUGCAGUCAAGCACGAAGAAGAUAAAGAAGGAUACUAGCCUGCAAGCCUGCUAGAAGAAACUUAGUUAUGGUCACUAUUCUGCCGCCAUACACAUCCUCUCCUCAGAUGGUAUUGCAACACCUACCCCUGAUACCCUAUAUGACUUGCAGCAGAAACACCCAUCAGCUCCACCCCCACUAUCCCCACAGAGAAUGUCUCCGCACCGGCAUUAACUGUAGAUGCAAGUAAUGUUCUUGCUGCCUUGAAAAGCUUUCCUAUAGGGACUGGUUGCGGAAGAGAUGGACUCCACGCACAACACUUACUAGAUGUUAUGAGUGGUGCCGCUGCAGCCGUGGCUGAGGACCUACUGCAAUCUAUAACAGGAGUGGUUAAUUUAUGGUUGUCAGGUAAGUGCCCCCUGCCCUUGGUAAAUUUGUUGAUAGUGCCCCUUUAACUCCUUUGCUUAAGCCAGAAGGAGGGAUACGACCAAUAGCCGUAGGCACUAUUUCGAGGCGUCUGUGUUCUAAGAUUGCAGCCACUGCUGUCUCCAAAGAUAUGACGGCCUAUUUAGAUAAUUUAUAAUUUGGUGUAGGGAUAUCCUGCGGAGGGGAAUGGAUAAUCCACUCAACUAAUAGGUUGUUGGAGAUGAAGGGACAUGAUAACUCCAUGACAAUGUUGCUCGUAGAUUUUUCUAAUGCAUUUAAUUUAGUUGAUAGAUCAAUUAUUAUUAGAGAAGCUAGGGCUCAUUGUCUGAGUAUUGCCAGUUGGAUUGAGUUUUGUUAUUCUAAUCCGGCUAGACUUUAUUAUGACGAUGUUGUUCUUUCAUCUGCCCAAGGAGUUCAACAGGGUGACCCACUGGGUCCGUUGUUGUUUGCCCUAGCCUUGCACCCAAUUGCAGAGAAGAUUGCCACUCAGUGCUCAUUAGAUCUUCAUGAUUGGUACUUAGACGAUGGUACUAUCAUAGGCGACACUAUGAAGGUAUCUCAGGCUCUUAAAAUCAUUCAGACAGACGGUCCUGCUCGAGGUUUACAUGUGAACGUUACCAAGACUGAAGUUUUUUGGCCCUCAUUGGGGACCUGUCAGUCUUGAUAUGCAGUAUUGUAGUGAGGUUGUUCAGGGAAGAGUUGAUAAAACUUUGCACCUUUGGGAGAAAGUUCAGAAGCUGCAUGACCCUCAAAUGGGGGAUGGUGCUGGUUUUGGAUUGUUUCAACAACGUCUAGCCAUGCUGCCAAUAAAAGUUGGAGGUUUUGGAAUAUAUACUUUGAAUGACACAGGUCAGUACUGUUUCCUAGCCUCUUGUGCCCAGACCCAGCAUCUACAAUAAUCCAUCUUGAAACAGCCAUCAGUCCUAGACCCUAGCUUCAGAUUUCAACAUGCUCUGCAGUCUUUUACCCAAGUUUGUGGUCUCUCUGUCUCCGAUUUCAGCAACAAUGACGCUGCCCCUCAAUGCAUGAAGACCCUGGCAGUCAUCUACUUUGGUGCCGUUAAAAAGAAGAUACCAACCAACUUUUCUCUUACAGACCGGGAUCUGACCUUAUGGCAUUGCAACCGCACUCCUCAUGCAAUGGACUUUCUAAAAGCCAUUCCUAUACAUGGGCUAAAUCAAGCUAUUACUCCUAGACAGUUUCGAUCAUUUCUAAUGUAUCAACUUGGGAUGCCUCUCUUCAGUAAAGAUAGUAUGUGUUCUAACUGCAACGGACUUAUGUAUGUGUUUGGUGACCAUGCAGUUCACUGUGCUGGGGAGGUAGGGCAAAAAUUUAGACACUAUGUGGUGAAGGAUGUCUUGGCAGACAUGUGUUACAAAGCUGGAGUUGUUGCAAGGAAGGAAGUUUCGUUAGGUUUCUCCUCCAAUAAUGUAUAUUCUCUACGGCCCGCUGAUAUUCUCUUCUACAAUUGGGAAGAUGGGAAGGAUGUUUGUAUGGACGUUACCGGGGUUUCCCCCUUUACAAGUGCUAGAACUCGUAAUUUCACACCUGGUCAUGCUAUUUCUGCAACAGUCACUCGUAAACGUGAUAAAUAUCUUGAUACGUGUACAGCUCAGGGUUAUGGCUUUGUUGUUUUAGCCUUUUCUACUUUGGGUGAGCUAGGUAGUGAGAUGAUUUCUUUCUUACAAAGGCUGAGAAAUUGCCUUGUGAGCCAUGAUGCAAAUCAUAAGAUAGGUGAUUCUCUCUUCUUUAGACUGGGUGUUGUGAUUCAGAAAGGCAUAGGAGCCCAGCUUGUUGCUCGGAUACCUGCACCUAAUGUAUGAUUUUUCUUUUGAUUUUAAAUAAAUAAAAUUUACUCCCUCCGUCCCUAA